AUGAUAUCAAUUUCCUCGGCGAUUCCCACUGAUGCUGCUAUUAUAUCUAAUACCACGGAAUGUUUGCCAGGAUAUCACGGUGUUAACUGUGAUCUUCCAUGUCCUUCUAACUGUGGUGGAGAUGGGUCCUGUAAAAAAUACAGUGGCUAUUGUUGGAGUAGAUGCAAGAUAGGACACACUGGCCUUAAAUGUAAUGGCACCUGUCCACCAAACUGUGGAGGCGAUGGGAGCUGUAGACGAACAGAUGAUACGUGUCGGUAUGGGUGCAAGACAGGAUAUAUAGGCAUGAAAUGUGAGGACACCUGCUCACCGAACUGUGGAGGCGAUGGGAGCUGUAGCAGGAUUGGUUUUUGUCGGCAUGGAUGCAGGGCAGGGUACACAGGAUUUACAUGUAAAGACCCCUGUCCUCCAAAAUGUGGAGGGGACGGAAGUUGUCACAUUGCCACAAAGUGGUGUCUACAAGGCUGCAAACUGCCCGGGAUGACAGGAUUUAUUUGUGAACACACUUGUCAGUUAGGGUACACUGGUCCAGGGUGUAACAUAACCUGUCCAGUUAACUGCGGGGGUGACGGGGGCUGUUCACGGGAUUAUGGGCAUUGUUUGGAUGGGUGCAGGCCUGGGUACACGGGGACUACAUGUAGAGGCACCUGCUCCCCCAACUGUGGGGGUGAUGGCAGUUGUGAUCAAAGCGUUCCUGUUUGUAAGCAUGGGUGCAAGGAAGGAUUCCCGGGGCUUCAUAGGGCCGGGCUUAAUUUCUGUUUGUAAUAACUAAUUUCAUAUAUAAUUAAUUAGUACAUAACAUUAUCCAAUUAGAAAGUGAGAAGAGAGUGAAAAUUACUUCCAUGGUCUAAGUCUACUUGCUUAACUACAGUAUUUCAAAACGUACACGUACAUUGUAAAUGGGCAAAAAAUACAAAUAUUUAAAUGCAAAUUUACAUUUUUUGUUUGCUGCUGUGUUAGAUGUAUUUUAUAUUAUGAUUUGGUGCUUUUGUUUUUUGUACAUGGCUUAUAUAACUGAUCGAUGUUUGGAAUGAAUAGGUU